GGCUGUGGGAUGCUCAGCACCAACUGCAGGGCAUGCAGUGCAGUGGUGUGGGGCUGAGCUCCCUCCCCUGCAGGAGUUGGAAGUAGGGAACAGUGGCACUUCCUGCAGUGCUCCCAACUGCCCGAGUGCUUCCUUUCCUCCUGCCCGCCGUGGUGCUUGCAGGGUCAGUCUAUUUGACUUCCCUCCUCUUUCAGGCUUUGCGUUCCGUGCUGCUGCAGCUGUUCCAUGCAUCUGUCCUUCAUAUUCUUGCAACAUUCUGUUUGCUUUUACCACUCAGAGUGGCCGUGUUCUGAGCAAGAGCAUCUUGUUGUGCACGUCCUCUUGCAGUGCUUGCUGCUGCACUAACAGUGUGCUGGAGAGGGCCCCCAAGGCUCGGUACAGCCCCAGUGCCAAAUGAAGUAAUUUCUACUUUCAUGAAAGAGCUGCAGCCCGAAUGAAGUCACAGACUGGUCUGGGUUGGAAGAUCAUCCAGCCAUUGCACAAGAGCACGGGCAGGGAGUUGUGAAAGAGCCCAGAGCUCCCCGCAUCACCCCGUGUUGCCCUGCUAGGUGCUGGUGGCUCCAGCGGUCAUUAAAAGAAACCUUCAGUUUUGCCACUGAUGGGGCAACACAAGGUGACUGCAGUGGUGGGAACAUGGGGCCUUUUCCUCUCCCUGCCCACAGAGGAGCCAUGGGGACAUGAGCAAACCCACUGGGAGUUACACAGAGGACAUCUCUAGGGUGCAGUGUUUAUCAGCCCUAGGGUGCCCAGGAAUGUGCUGCUGGGGCUGGUGGGCUGUGUAUCCCCUGCUUGAGCUUCCUGCAGUAGUUAGAACAGCGCAAGGCUGAAGUGGGCCUGAAAGCGCAGCUGGAAAUUGAAAGGGCAGAAGGGCUCGAGGGAAGGAAGGAAACAGAGCUGGAGAAGGAGGUUCCCCCAGGAAAAAGGGAAGGAAACCAUCCGAAGCACUGUGUCUGAGGGUGCUCCUCUGCUGAGCUUGGGGCACGGAGCUCAUCCCCAGGAGGGAGCAGGGCAGGGUCUGUACAAAGCCAAAAUGUGAAUGCAGUGCAGAGCAGACUUUGGUGGCUUCCCCAUAGAGUGAUCAGAGCUUUGGUCUGCGUGUUUUUGCACCAGCUUGAUAGGGCUGCUUAAAAAAAGGGCACCUGUGGCUCUAGGAAAGCACUGUUUUCAUUGUGCUGUUUCUAAAAGCAAGGUGUGCUCAGAGGUGUGCUGCCCUGUGGGGCUGUGCCGGCCCAUCCCACAGCUGCACUACAGGAGGGUGAUGGGAGAGGACCACGAGGGUCCUGAUGCUGGCUGGGCUGGGGGCACUGGGGGCUCCCUGGGCAGGCAGGCAUGCACUCAGCAAACUCUCUGCUUCCAGGACAAUGCAUCUCUUCGUGGUGUGUCUCUUCGGCCUCUGGGGCAUGGCUGCCCCUGCACGCUAUGCCGUGGAAGACAUUUGCACUGCAAAGCCCCGCGACAUCCCUGUGAAUCCCAUCUGCAUCUACCGCAACCCUGAGAAGAAGCCCCAGGAAAGCGAGGUGCUGGAGCCGGGGAAGGGCAGGAUCCCGGAGUUCACCAACCCCCGUGUCUGGGAGCUGUCCAGGGCCAACUCGCGCUUCGCCGUUGUCUUCUACAAGCACCUGGCUGACUCCAAGGACAACGAGGAGAACAUCUUCCUGUCUCCCCUCAGCAUUUCCACAGCCUUCGCCAUGACCAAGCUCGGGGCGUGCGGUGACACCCUGCAGCAGCUCAUGGAGGUCUUCCAGUUUGACACUAUUUCAGAGAAGACUUCUGAUCAGGUCCACUUCUUCUUUGCCAAGCUCAACUGCCGUCUUUACAAGAAAGCCAACAAGUCAUCAGAGCUAAUAUCAGCAAACCGUCUCUUCGGAGAGAAAUCCUUGGUCUUCAAUGAGACCUACCAGAACAUUAGUGAAAUAGUUUAUGGAGCCAAACUCUGGCCGUUGAACUUCAAAGAGAAGCCAGAGCUUUCCAGGCAGAUCAUAAACGAGUGGGUAGCCAAUAAGACGGAGAGGCGCAUUACAGAAGUGAUCCCAGAAAACGGUAUCGAUGAGCUCACUGUCUUGGUCCUGGUCAACACCAUUUAUUUUAAGGGGCACUGGAAGUCGCAGUUCCCAGCUCCAAACACAAGACUGGAUUUAUUUCACAAAGCCAACGGUGAGACCUGCAAGGUCCCCAUCAUGUACCAGGAGUCCAGGUUCCGCUAUGCGUUCAUCCAGGAGGACAAAGUCCAGGUGCUGGAGCUGCCUUACAAAGGGGACGACAUCACCAUGGUGCUGGUCCUGCCCAAAGCCGGCACGCCGCUGGUGGAGGUGGAGCGAGACCUGAGGUCAGACAAGCUUCAGGACUGGAUCGACUCUAUGAUGGAGGUCUCCCUUACUGUCUCCCUGCCCCGCUUCCGCAUCGAGGACAGCUUCAGCGUCAAGGAGAAGCUGAGAAAAAUGGGGCUGGAAGAUCUCUUCAGUCCAGAAAAUGCCAAACUGCCAGGUAUAGUUGCAGAGGGCCGUACGGACCUGUAUGUAUCUGAGGCUUUCCACAAAGCCUUCCUUGAGGUGAAUGAAGAAGGCAGCGAGGCAUCAGCAGCGACAUCUGUUGUUAUCUCUGGCCGUUCCUUCCCCAUGAACAGAAUUAUCUUUGAGGCCAACAGGCCCUUCUUGCUCUUCAUCCGGGAAGCCACCCUCAACACCAUUAUAUUCAUGGGCAGAAUAUCUGAUCCUUGCUCCUAAAGGCUGUCUGGGCCUCACCUCUCCCCUCCCUGCCCCUGGGAAAGAGGUGGUAGGGCACUGCCAUGCAGCCCAGGUAGUGCUGAGGUGGCUGUAUUACUGUUUGGUGCCAGCUGCAGGGAGGGGCCGUCCUUCUCCUGCUCCAACCCUCAUUCAAAGGAAGCUGAUUUUUUUUUUUUUUUUUUAAAUAAUGGCACUGGUAUUUUCAUGGCAGAGAGACCAGUAUCACUGGCAUUCUUGCAUGCAGCCCCUCCUCCCUCUCAGGCAUCAAACUGUAACUCUGAUCCCCCAGUACGUUAAAGCCUAUAGAUCUGUAUGGAAUAAACUCAUCUCUGAAUGGACGCUUUUCACUAAGUCACUUCCCAGGCUUAACCUUCCCUUUCUCAAUGAAUAUGCCCUUUCCCACACUCCUCAGUCGCAGCAGCAGCAGCCAAGCAACCAGUGCUGGGCCAGGGCCAUCUUCUGCAGCUCUGCAGUGUACAGCUGGUGGGUGGAGGAGCUGCCAAGCACUGGAGCUUCCAGCAGCCCUGCCGUGCCCAAGUGCUGAACUAGUGAAAGCCUCACAUGGCUGUUCAGGCUGUUUGUCUGAGUAGUGAGCUUUAAACGAGCUCUGUCCUCUGAGAAAUCUGCGUUUACGGCUGGAGUUUAAAAUAACAAAGGCAGUGAAAAAACACGGUCUUGUCCUGCUGUUGGUGCAAGUUCCAGAAGAGCUGAGUGCAGGCUGCUGCUGACACCACAGUGGGGGGCAGUCCCUGGGCUGCCAUUUGCUCUGGAUUUGGUAGGGCAUCUGUGUGAGCUUUCCAGUAGUGCUCCGGUCUGUGGAUGUUGAAGACGAUGAGAAAGGAAGCAGCUGGAAAGCUGGGCAGGCUCACCCCCAUCUCAGCCACCCGGCUGGGAGGAAACACUGCUAGCCAGGAACAGUCAGCUACAAGAGACAGGCACAGAGCUGAGUAUUAAACCAUUUAAUUCUCAAACCACUCACAUGCAUAAUGUUCUUUUACACCGUGUUAAAAGAAAGAAGAAAAAUGCAAUUUGUUUUUGAUACAAACAGAAGUUCAAGUAUACAUUGCUAGAAUUUUCAAAGAUUCCUACCCAAGUCGCUAGAUUUUUUUUUCAUUCACAUUGUUCUUAAAGCUGUCCGACGAGAGCGCUUAUUUGCUAAACUGCUGAAAUGCAAUUGUACAACUGCACAACCCCUCUGCCUCGGCCUCGUGCCCCUGCCACAGCUCUGCUGCUCACACUGCAGCCACUGCCCAUCCCACGGGGCACGGAGCAGCACAGGGAUGGCUGGUGGGAUCGCUGAGAACAGCAGGACCGCGCUGCAACCUACUGCAGACUGAGUGUGAGUACAGGCUUCUUUUUUUGUCUUUUUUUCAUUGCAACCAAGAAUAAAAUUAAAAAUAAACAAUAAUUAGUACAGCAGGAAAUUUUCUUAAGUGUGAGAAUAAGUCUUGAGGGUGAGGACGCGUGCCCUACACGUCUGAGUUAUAAGCCAAGAGUCGAUGGUGACAGCACAAUUUCUCUUACAAAUGCUUACUCUGCAAACCAGCUCUGAGCGGAAUCAACAGGGGACGCGUGAACUUGGACUAUUAUUAUUUUUAAAUACUCAACUGCUGAGGGCUCCGUAUCCACAAUAUGAAAAACCUCACACCCCUAGGAACAGCCUCACCUUAACUCAGCCCUGCGCUGGACCUGGGGGUACCAUCUGACCUACUGUAAAAGGGGUUAAAUUCUCCCUACAGGCAAAGGUGAUGGUGGGUUUUGUUUUUCUGACCGAUUUACAACCGGAUUGCAACAGACCCCAUCCUGUUGUUGCCUUCGGGUGGGACUCCUGCAGCAGCACAGGCCCAGGGGCACGCAGUGGGAGGUAGAGCUGCAGUAGUGCAUGGGCACAUGGGCGCCAUGCGUUGGGCAAUGCUGCUCCCUGGGCUCUGGCUGACAGCGAGCCUCCGCCGGGACGGCCGCCUCAACAGCAGCCAUGCUCACCUACCAUUAAAGUGCAUUUCUUCAGUAAAGGGUUUUUCUUUUUUUUUUUUUCCUUUUUUUUUUUCCUUUUUUUUUUUUUCUUAAAGAGGAACCUAUUUUAAAGUGCUGUUCUAGUUUGGAAAGGGACUCUGUUUAAUUAAAAAAAAAAAAAAAAAAAAUGGCACCUUUUCACAUGCUAGAUCUGCUCCCUGUACGUUUGUACAAGACAUAAAACUAGGGAGUCACAUCUGCUGAGUAAUGACCGAUGUAUAAAAGUGUUAUUGUUAUUGAAGUUUAUUGCUUUUUGCUGCUGCCUGCUCCCUUGGGGUGGGAGGGAGGUGGGUCCCCCUCACCCUCACGCCCUCACUCCCUCCCAGUGCAGGGCAAGUAGCCCUGGGAGCCUCGCUGUGACAUACAGAUCCACGGGGCUCACAGAGAGCUGCUGGCACUGCAGGUGCUCCCCAGUGCCAUUUCCCUACUCUAGAGCCACCUUGUGCUGCUGCCACACGGAGGUAAGGAAAACAAAUGUGAAGCAAACGCUUUGCUGACAGCACAUAGCGUGGCGACCUCAGCACUCUGAGAGAGAGAGAGAGGUAGUUACUGUCCUGGGACUCUGCUGCUUAAUGCAACCCACCUUCUGGAGUGAUUGCUCAGAAACAGAAAAGCUCCUGUGCUCUUUAUAAAGUUAUCCCAGUUAAAUCUUCCCAGUGAAGACAUCCUCGACUAUUCCCUCUAAGAAGCUCUUAUAUUUUAGAAAUUGAUUGUCAGUUGAGUUCAUUAGGAAAUCAGGCGUGAUUAGCAAAUUGCUACACAAAGCUGUCCCUGUGUGUGUGCAGCACAGAGCUCUCAGCCCAUCUCCCCCAGCAUCACCGCGUAGGGCAGCACUUUGUGCUCUCAGCAAGCUGGAUGGGAGCAUUAAAAGAGUGACUGGUGUCGUUCACAGUGUUGUACAGGAAAGAGGGGGGUGAUGCUGGGGGAAGGUGGGGGCAGAGAGCACCUUGGGCAACAAAUGGGCUUCAUCUCGUGUUACAGGCAGUGGAGAAGUGACCACAGGAGCAGGGAGCUGUGCGUGGUUCUCAUCCUCAGUUUCCAUCACAGAGGAUCCCUCUUGCUCCUCAGUCUAUCCUAACCAGCAGCAGUUCUACGUACACAAGAAGCACGUGUUAUUUAAUGACAGCAUUCCCUUGCACUUUCAAUUAUCUCUCUGGCACUUGCCCUUUGCCAACAGAGCUUCUUCCCCAGGCAUGAAAUUCGGGGAGCCAAGAGGUGUUUGCCUUAUGCCAGGGGCCAAACAAACAGCAGCUCCACUGCUCCCCAGGCACAAGCUGGGCCAAAAGCAGAGCUGUCCUUCAGAAAAUUGCACCGUCCCGUUCUGUUAGUGUCACACAGCUGCUGCCUCAGCCCUCACCUCUGUCAAACCAACGGUUGUUCAGAUAUCACCUCCCAUGCAAUGGAGAGUUAAAUAAAAGCUUCACAGUAAUCCAGAGCUUCCUCAGAUGUGUAAGCACUAAGGACAUGGCAUUACAGAGCACCCAUAUCAAACCAAUGCCUGCAACACACCGACUAGCACACAGACCCCAGACAAAACUCUCUGUCUCAGGACAGCUCCUCAACUUGGGCAAGUGGGGAACUGGUGCAGGAACAUCUUCAGGUGAUGUUCCCAGAGAGGUUUCCCAGCUGUACUUGCAUGAUUCCUCCCCCAGCCCCAGCAGUUUUAAUCCUAUUCUGAUGCUGCUACUCACUGUAUUUUAUAACCACGAGUAAUUCACCAAUCUAGCUUCACUCUUACUUUAUAAUUAGUUUCACAGUUUCGUGGGCCGUGGCCAAUGGUACUGGGUCUGACUGCAAAUGUAACAGGAAGGUUUAAAUAAAUAAGCUUCACUCAAUUAAUAAUAAAAAUAAUGAAGACAUUUAACUGUAAAACUGAGGGGGGUUAAGUAGAAAACCUACAUAAAAUUGGAAGCUUAACAUAACUGACAGUCUGCAAAAAAAAAAAAAAAUACACUGCUUUGUUUUAAAGUACUGACGUAGACAACUGCAGAAACACGAUUAACUCAGAGUAUGUCAGGUUAAACGAGGAGUUACACAGCAGUAUUUAAAUGAUACCUGAAUAUGUUUCAAAAGCUUAACUGAUACGAACUAGGCAGCCUGUUACAGCUGCCUGUUUGUUACACGAUAAUUCUUCAAAAUAAAAUACAACCCUAACAGAAAUAUAGCUUGGCUUAGUCCAAGGAACACAGGCUGCUGCACUCAGGGCAAGCAGCCGGCCUCUCCACAGAUGCUGCAGACAAGAUGCUAUGUCACAGGUCUAUCACUGGCAAAUGAAAAUACAAUGGUCAUGCAUGGGCAGGGUUGGAGCCUCUGCCCCUCGCUUCACGUAGCACAGCACAGGGACAGGGACCCCCAGCUCCCACCUUCAGGCAGGGGGGGUAUCCCCAUUCAGUGUUUGGCUGUGCUCAGGGCACAGAAGCUUCUCCAUUACACCUAACCUGCACAUCCCUUGUAUUAACUCCUGCCUGCUGCUGCUCCUUGCACCGUGCAUCUUGGAGAUGUGCCUGGCUCUGUCUUCUCUGCUCCCUGUCCUUUGCUGCAGGGUUCAUGGAGAAGGAACGUGGCACAGCAGGGCUCCUGUGCUCAGCCCCAGUGCCCAGCGCCUGCAAUCAAACAUAGAUUAGCUUACAGGCUUUUUAUAUUUGCCAGAUCUGAACUCAGGAGCUAAAAAUGGUACUGUGUGUACACCCCGAGCUGUGAGCACGCACUGAUCCUGCAGGAGAGUAUGAAGGGAACCUAUUCAAUCAGCAGCAGCGGGCGGGCAGCUCAUUGCUGCUCGGUGCAAGGAACACAGGGCAGCCUGCUACAAAAAGAGGCUCUGAGAGGAGGCACGGCCGCUGCUGAGCCUGCAGGAGACUUUGUGGUAGAGCUGGCUGCAGAAUUUGUGCCUUCCUUGGAUAGGCAAUUACUCCCCCGUGCAGAACGAUUAGCAAGAUUUUAUCUCUGACCCUAUUUCCAUCGGUGACAGCAGAAUGUGCCCCUCCACAGAGGUUACUGAAAAACAAACGCGCCUCUCAGCAUCAGUCAGCAGCAAGUGCCUGGCUGCUACAGCACUACAUUGGCCACUCAACACACUGGCAGCUCUGUGUGGCCCUUCUCUAGCUCCUGGUUGUGCCAGACUACAUUCAGAUUUGCUGCCUUCCCUCUUUUUAUUUCUGGGCUUGCCAGAACACACUUGUUUUCCACAAAACAGCUAAGUGCCAUGAAGAACAUGGCAAGUUUUAAGCCUGGAUUCUGUUUAACAAAACCAUUUCUCUGUACCUCAGGGCUGUUCAGAAGCCUUCAGAAGGCCCUGAAGACAGUCAGGGAUGGCUGUAAUUGCUGUGACAGCACACGUGAGCCAGAGCCCUGCAGCACUGCGCCUGGCCGCAGCUCUCCUCCACCUCAGUGCAAACCUCCCAGCCCAGACCCACCGCAGCCUGGAACAGCAGGCUGGGGGAGAUGGAGGCAGAGCCACAGCACGGGGACAGCCUGUCCCAAUAAAAACUCCUCCCAGUCCUGCAACAAAAAGGGAGAGCAGCAAACCCACGCCUCAGUUCCCCUGCAGGGAAGUCCUGCUUCGUCCAGCAAAGGUAGCUGAAGUGCCUCCUCUCUGCCAGCUGCACUGUUCCUGAAGCAGCUCCUCCAACACCAAGUCAGACUGGGUGAGAAAAAAAACAGAGCGUUAAAACAGUAACUCACACUGCCUCCCCUCGAUCGAACCUUAUCUGGCAAAUCUUCAACCUGCCCAAGGCUCCACAUCCCUAAGAUUCGCCAGAGCAAACUCUUAUACCUUACUUUAUCUGUAUUUUUGUCAAUACAGAUCUUUUGGAACUCCCACCUCAAACGGUUCCUCCUGUUUCCAAGACACAUCAUUUCGUAAGCUGUAAUACUUUGGUUUACAACUGGAUUAAAAUAUAAAUUAAAUAAGAAUAAUGCUAAAUGAGCUUAUAUUGAAACACUUUAUAUAUGUAUACAUAUAUAUGUAUAUACAGUAUGUGUGUGUGCAUUCCCUAAUGACAGCUAGAGGAAGCAAAAGUCACUGCCAAGGCUUCUACUCUUCCAACUAGCAUGGUCAGCUUAUCCAUUGCAACAAUUCCCUGUGCAUGAAAACUAAUGGAGCACUGGAAGGUGGCACUGGUAAACAGCCGGAUCGCACAGACGUUCAGGAACGGAAAGGUAAUAAAUUAUAAGAAGCAGUAGUAACGUGUUCACAGUUGGGAUGAGGAUAAUGUUAUGUGAAACCUGAAUUUUCUACAGUCCCUAGGAAUAAAAAGUCAAACAGGUCAGUGAAGAUUACAGUUGGAUAUCUUUUAGUUCAACCUAAAAAAAAGCCAUGGUCGGAUCUGACACAAAGAAAUGGUAGGAACCACGUGGCAGUUCCCCAGCAGACAGAGCUCUGGUACCUUCAGAUCAGCAGGAAGACCUCCAGUACCUGUGUGGGACCAGCACGUGGCCCAGCCCUGCUUCCAUCACAGCCUCGAUCCUCGCAAUGGCAGCGUUCCCAAUUAGCACAAUGAAACUAACCCAAUCAAUCCUAUGCUCAGAAAUAAGAUGCUGCCAGGCCUUCCUCUCCAGGCACCUCUCCUCCAACAGGCACCCCAAUCAGUUCAGGCACUCCUAUACCCUCUGAUUUUCCCUAUAUUCCACAGAAGAGAGCUUUUCAGCAACAAAACCAAGCGGCUGGCGAGAGAUGGCAGGACUCCUCAGACCAUUUCAGAGCAGUAACAGCUCCACGGAAGACCCCAACUUCUGGCUGUGGUUAUGGCUCAGCUCCUGGGGGAACUCGGAGCCCGAGCCCAAAUAAAACAUGAGACAUUUCCUGAACCAAAGCCCCUGGAUUUCUCCCAUCCUCAAAAUCUUCCUGGCAUGGUGAGCACAGCACUGGUGCAGCUCAGUGCAGGACAAGCCCCGGGGCCUGCCCCACCGACCUGCCCCAGCACUGGCCCUCAUUCUGUGUCUCUAAGCGUGCUGUCACCUUGCUGUGAUGAAUUCCCAUUCCAUGAGCCCUCUUUGCUCAUCCCUCGCCAGCUGCUGGAACGAAGCAGCCCUGCUUGCUGUCCCAAGCUCCUGCUGCAGGAGAACAGCAAGACGUUUUGCUUGUCUCUCUCCCAGCCAUUCCUCCCCAGAGGAAGGCUCAGCUUUUCUCGAAGCAGCAGCACAGUACUAACACAAUUCUCAUUAUUUUCACAGCUAUUCACAGGGAAGCUGGCGGCAGCGGGGACCGUCCAAGCGCUUUGCUCUGCUGUCACUCAGGGCUUUCUGCAGGCUGCUGGAGAGAAGUGUGACACUUGGCAUGAGGAAGGUUUCUUUGCCACAGCAAAGAGCUAAGAAACGUGUUCUCCCUCUGACACAGAAGCCUGCAGAAAUAGAGGACGUCCCCCCUGCCGCCUGAGGCAAGCAAGCAAACGGGUUCGUGAGCCCCAACUGAAGCUGGCAGAAAUGUUAAGUUACAGAGGUAUCACGACGACACUUCGCUUCACAUCCUCCUUGAAUCACAGUUGAAAUCACAGUUUUGGCAAAGGGGAAAAAGCUGCAGCUAGGCGUGGAAACACAAAGCUGUGCCUCAACCCGUCACAGAAGCAUUCGUACACGGAAAGCCGGCGUCUGUUCCUCCACAGCUUCGGUGCGACCGCAAAGGGCUCGGCGCAACCAAGGGCGCCAUCGCCACACCGAGCAGCUCUGCCAAGCUGGGAAGCUCAGCCCAGGUUUGGCCACGCCGCACGCGACCUCCAACCCUUUACUCUCCGGUCGCAGCCCUGCCUGCACUGAGGAAUCAAUCGCCGAAAGAAAAGCGAGGUGAACAAUUCCCUCCCAUCCGAUCUCCUCUCGUGGUGCAGAUGGGCCUCAACUGCUUUCAGCACUGCUCGAGAAAAUGUCAGAGGCACCAUGAUUUCCACACAUACAUACAUAUACACAUCCGUUAAAUGUACAGAAAUAAUAUUAAAAUGAUUCCCACUACCAUACCUUAUACUGACUCUAGCUACAAGCUAUAACUUCACCUCGGUGAGGCCUGGGCAAGAAUAUUGGCUCUUUUGCAUGCAAUCAGAAAUGAUCGUUUAUACAGUGGCAACCUCUGCACUAAAACAAAACAAAACGAAAAACAAAACAAAACAAAACAACCCAGAGGAAAAAAUAAAGACCUUUCACAAGCUUUGUUUUCAGACUAGCCUAGAACAAUAUGAAGGAACAAGGUAAUGAUUUUCACCAGGCCAAUCAGAAGUAGCGAAUCAGCCCGAAAGGAUUCCACCCAGGGCUGUUGGAUGCUCCUUCAUUCACAGUAUCAAUACAGUAAAAAAAAAUAAAAAUUAAAAAAAAAAAGCCCAAAAAUCUGCUUGAGAAACUCACAGCUAUGCCAUAGCAGUAAGGCAUUCACCAUCUCAUCUCCAUCGCUACGCACUGAUGGAUCGGUUGCCAUCUGUUUCAGACCAAUGCUGCUUGUAUAGCAGUUACUGCACCUUCACCCCUCUCUUCACAGCAAGCUUAGCAGGGAAACUUUCCCACUAUAUUUAUAUAUAAUAUAUGUAUAUAAAUAAUUUUAUGUUUUUAUAGUUUGGUAGUAUUCUUUUAAAAGUUCUAUUUUAAAACACUUAAAAAUCUUUUAAGCAACUAAAGUAACUUCUGACGCUCUCUAGUGUGAACAGGAUAGCAUUUCAAAGUUUGUAACUUUUUUUUUCUUAAUGAUUUUUGGUAACUUCAAAAGCUAUGACUAAAGCAGCAUACUCUGCAUAUCUCCACUCCUCACACACCUCGAUUGCAACACAACCUGCCUCAGCCACCCUCUGAGCUCUCAUCUGUUGUCACUGCUCUCCGGCGACCGCACUGCUUGACCUCUGAUAGGAAACCGAAUGGGGUGGCUGCUAAGAGAGUCACUCCCCACGUGAUGAUGCACUUGACAAGAGAGGAAGAAGGAGAGGAAGGAAAAUGGAGGUGAGAUAUCAGUUUUCCUGUCCGAAAUGCUCAGUGAACUUGUACUCUGCGGGCUCCCUGCUCAGAACACUAGCCGAGGUUCCUCUGAGGAGCACAUUCCCAGUACAGCUGAUGAACACCAAGCCCUUCCCUCCCCCGCACACAGAAAACAUUCAUUAGAGCCACGUCUGCCUUCUGAGAGACGUGGGAGGAACAGUGAGACCCCUCACCUGCACAGAGCAGAAGCGAGGUAAGAGUGCUUCCCUCUUCCCCAAAUUCUUGCCUUUAAGGAGGUAGGAAAAUGAUCACGAGUCCCAAUCUGGAUUGGGGAGAGCAGGGCCAGGGGGUGCUCCCCAUGCCCACCAGGGUGCAGUCAGACAGCAGGACGACAGGACAAGCUGCAGUUUCACUUGGGAAGCCUGCCGCCUGCCAAGCCCACGCUGUAAUCGCUCGCCCGGCUUCCUUUGUGAAAGCAGGAUGGAAUGUUUCUUUUUCAAUGUCUCAUUGUUCCUCCCAUCAUCUUAAAGAUCAGAACCUCAUCCUUCCUUAUUAUACACAUUAGACAUCCUCCAGAGAAUCCCUUCAAACAAACGUCCUCUUCCAAACCCAAUCUGCACAACAUGUCGCUCAUUUCCCCCUCCAUCGUGAACAAUUCGGCACCAGAACUGAAGAAAACUCUUAAAGUAUUGCAUAUUUUUAAAAAGAAGACUUCUUCAAAAGAUGUCAGAUAUUUGCACUUCUCUACCUGUCCCAUGCUUUUCCAUUUAUGAAACACGUAAGCACGUGCAAACACCUACAAUACUCAAUGCAGGCAUGUCUCUCUGGGUUUGCUAAACUGGCUCUAAACGUCAGAACUGCUUAGAACUUGAAGUCCAUGCAAGGGGACAGAGUUGUGAUUGCUCUGGGAACCAUGAAGUUUCCCAAAUUCCUUCGAAGGAAAUAAAGUAAGGUUUUCUUUUUGCGUUUCAUUGAUAAAAAACUUAUCAAAUUAGUUUGUAGAAACAAGUUUAAAAGCAACCACCCAUGAUUGCUUGGCUGGGAUUAUAGUAUCUCAGUAAACCAUAUUGCUGUUAUAAAAUAUCAAGUGCGUGUCAAGGGAGAGCUGGGAUGAAGGACGACUUUGGUAGCCAGCCUCUAACUCCUCUGUUCAGCCAGUCCACAAACCUCUUCCUAAAGCUUGGCAACAGCCAAAGCACGGCAGUGCACGGAUCUGAAGUCAGAGUGCCCUGACCUGUCCCGAUCAAAAGACGUCUCUCCCCAAAAGACCCCUCCAAACCUUCUUCCAACACAUUAAGAGUAAUGCGAACCUCACAGCUGCUAAAUCUCACUUUCAGUAGCCGAAGAGCUUCCAAUUUUGCUGACCUCUAGGAAUGAAUACCGCUUUACAGCCGUGCCCUCUCUUAACAAAGGGCUGGAGGCCACGCACCUGGGACGGGCAAGCCAAAAGCCCUAAAAUAAUAGUUGGAGUAGAAAUGUAAAAAGAGACACACCAAAAAUAAGACAGGGAUAAAUACGGUGAGGCAAGGCAGGUUCCACCAGGACAGUCUGAUUUCUUUAACGUGGCAGCUACCUGGGAAAGGGAGAAAGGCGACUGCCCCUUGCCCUGCUCUCCCCUCGCUGUUGGCUAUGGCGAGGAGCAGCCUGGCUCACCUGCUGGGCCACAAUGCUGCUGAGAAAUAAAAGUGACUGUUGUCCUGGAUCACUAUUAAACAUUACAAAAAUUUAAAA